AUGGCUUCAUCAUUCGUAUCCAAUGCACGAAGCUCUAUCGCCAGCAAUGCAAACUCAAUACAAAGUCAGUCACCGCCAAGCUCGUGUGGAAGCUGCGCGUCGGACGAAAACCACCAAGAAGAGCUGCAGCACUUGGGCAUAGCGGAUACUGUCCUUGCUGAUGACAAUUGGGAAUGGCUGCGACACUUGCUGGACCGUGUUCAUGACGUUGCUGCUCGACAACAAGGUAAAAUAUACUUUGCUCGCUUAUUCAAGUCUCAAGAUGCGGAAGAGGUGGAAGUGACGCUGUCUGAGAUGGAGGUCUGGCGCCAAAAGCUUGCGGAUGAGAGUGAUCGACCGCGUGAGCGCGACCUCGCACGCGCUUUGUUCCUGAUAGGGUAUGAUAAGAGCUUAUCGUUAAGUGGACCUACGCCGUCAUAG